GUAAAGGAUCAUAACGUGGGGCGGUGCCCGGCAGGGGCGAAGGUCGCCCAGCCUGAGAAGGCACCAGCACCAGCGGCUCAGAGGGUCCCGCUGGCGGACGGCCGCCGAGAUGGGGGCUUGGGCCCUGCUGCUGCCGCUGCUCGUGGCCACGGCCCAGGCCCAGGUCUGCUCUGUGAGCAACACCUACUUCGAAGUCUCGGAGAACACGAAUCAGAGCGAGCCCCUGGCUGACAUCUAUGUCCCUGAAGGCCAGCAGGUGACCCUCGGACCCUCAUCCACCCCCUUGGCGUUUCGGAUCCAGGGGACUCAGCUGUUCCUCGAUGUGACUCCUGACUACGAGAAGCACACGAUGCUGCAGGCACAGCUGGAGUGCAGAAGAGGUGACACCGUGGUGACCCUGCUGAGGGUGUUUGUGUUUGUGUUGGACAUCAAUGACAACGCACCCGUGUUCCCCUUUGUGACCAAGCUUGAGAAUGUCUCUGAGGACACUAAAGUGAACACCAUCGUCGUCCCUGAGACCAAGCUGGAGGCCCACGAUCCCGACAAGAGUGACAUCUUGUUCUAUACCCUCCAGGAGGUGACCCCGGGCGCCAGUAACUUCUUCUCCUUGGUGGGCACCAACCUCCCCGCCCUGCGGCUGGACCGGUCCCUGGACUUCUACCGGUGUCAGAACAUGACCUUUCAGCUGCUGGUGCGGGACACACAGGAGCAGAACGUAGCACCCAGCCACACGGCCACGGCCACCGUGAUCCUGGAGGUGCAGCCUGCUGACCUUCGGCCCCCCUGGUUCCUGCCCUGCGCCUAUUCAGACUCUCACGUCUGCAUCCAAGCCGAGUACCACGGGGCUGUCCCCACAGGGCACACGCUGCAAGGCCCCCUCACCCUGCGUCCUGGGCCCAUCUAUGCCGUGGACGGGGACUGGGGCAUCAACCAGUCCAUCCUCUAUAGCAUCGUGAGUGAACGAGACGACGGCACGUUUGCCAUAGACGCUUACUCGGGCAACCUCACCAUGACCGGGGCCGUCCGCAGCCCAAAGACCUUCACUCUGCUGGUCAAGGGCGAGCAGGCUGACCACGCCCGCUACUCGGUGACCCGGGUCACGAUCGAGGCCCGGAAUGCCAACGGGAGUCUGCUCCAGUUCCCCGAGAGCCGGUACCGCGGCACCGUGGCGCUCGGCUCUGGCGCGGGCGUCCCGGUCAGGGACACGGCCUCCCCCUCCCAGCCUCUGAGGAUCUGGGCCCGGGACCCUGAGUUCCCGGACUCGGACUCCGCCACCACCUAUUGUAUCACCAAUAACACCAACUUCCGGAUGGAUGGCGAGACCGUGGUGACCGCUGCCCUGCUGGCAGACGAGGGGGUCUUCUAUGCAGAGGUCGAGGCCACGAACACAGUGACCGCAAGUGGAGCAACCACAGUGGUGGAAAUUCAGGUCCUAGAAGAGGAGGCGCCCACCCCCACAGGUCCCCCAGGCCCCCCAGAGCCCCCCACAUCCCCAGAGGCUGGAGGAACAUCGAGCAGAGCCACCACUGCGGAAGCCCCCAGGCCCCCGAGGCCCUCUCAGGGGUCCUCCACGACCCGUUCUGGGUGGAGCACCGGCCCGCACCCUCCCUCGGGCACAAGUCUGAGGCCACCUGCCUCAUCUACGCCUGGGAGGCCCCCCAGUGUGGGAACCGGCACCUCCCUCCCACCAGCCUCACCCAGCGGGGGCUCAACACAGACGCUGAAGCCAGGAACCUCUCAGCCGAUGUCCCCUGGGCCCAGCGGGGCCCCCCAGCCCUCAGGGACGCCAGAGCCUGGAGGAGGCAGCACGGCAGGGGACAGCAAGCCAGGAGUCAGCCACACUGAGGACCAGCGCUUCUCCACCGUGGAGAUGGCGGCCCUGGGCGGGGUGCUGGGCGCGCUGCUGGUUCUGACUCUGAUCGCCCUCCUGAUCCUCGUCCAUAAGCAUUACGGCCACCGGUUCAAGUGCUGCUCUGGUAAAGCUCAGGAGCACCAGCACCCCCAGCUCUCGGGCUUUGACAAUCAGGCCUUCCAUGCUCCCCAAGAGUCCAACUGGGCACCGGCUCCCAGCCCCUCACCUGCCCCCACCCCGGCUGUGGCCCCGGAGCCUGCACCCCCGGAGCCCCCCAGCCUCCAGUCCCUGGACCCUGCCUCCGAGUCCCCCGAGGUGGCCCGGGAUGGGGGCGGCCCCGCGGCUGUGAGGUCCAUCCUGACCAAGGAGCGGCGGCCCGAGGGCGGCUACAAGGCCGUGUGGUUUGGCGAGGACAUCGGGGCCGAGGCCGACGUGGUGGUCCUCAACACGCCCGCCUCGGACGCGGCCGGCGCUGCCGACUCUGGCAGCGAGGACAGCAGUGACGAGGCCGAGGCCGAGGCCGAGGCCGAGGGCCCGGGCGGGGGUUCCCGCGACGACGCCAGCUCCACCUACGUGUAGCUGGGCUCCCUGCGUCCCUCGCUGGCCCACCCUGAGGUCGGCUGCGCUGCUCGCCCGCCCCCACUGCACCAUGCACAAUA